AUGCGCCUCCUUGCCCGGCGAGCCGCCGCUCUGGCCAUCCUUUCGGCCCCCCUCUCAACGACCGCCGAUGAUUCCGACAGCGAACAGACAAUCUGGGCUACCCCUCACGAGCAAUAUUCGUCCUCUGUCGGUGUCUUAGGCUGCAAGAUUGACACCAACCGUGUCGCCUACUGGCCUGCCGCCAUCAGCUGUAAUGACAUCUGCGUCGAGGUCCAGCAUGAAGGUCGCAAAGUCAAGCUGCUGCGCAUCGACCGCUCUGAAGGCGCUUACGAUAUGAGCUACGACGCCUGGAACUACCUGUACACUGGCAAGUCGGCACGCGAUGAGCCUGCCGUGGGGGGACCUGUCGAGAUGCAAUACCGCAACCUCAGCGCCUCGGACUGCGACGACCUCAUUCAUACCAAAGGCAGCCGUCUGCCGCUGAGUGCCCCCAACAGCAUGAACUUUCUUGCGAGCUGUCUCGACGCGCCAGGCGACAACUGGGUCAAGGACAACCACAUUCUAUACAACGUCCUAGACCCUCUUUGUACCGUCGGUCGCGACGAGGAGUGCGAGCUGGACUGGCCCGCCGCCAACCAGGCCGUGUGUCCCCACACCAUGGGCGAGCCAGUCCCGCUCAAGGACAAAUCUGUGGUCAAUGUGCAGUACGGGACAGGAGACUCUGUUGUCGGCGCGACUGGUGAGAAAGUGGAUGAUCCCUCCAGCGCAUCGACUCUGAUACCCAGAUCAUACGUUCUCCUGUCGGGGGCUUUGACAUCGCACAACCACUUUUACUGA